AUGACUUCCCCUGCAAAGUUCGACGACCAGGAAUUUGAUUUUGGAGGCGGAUUUAGCGGCACUCGCCCAGAUACUAUCGGUAAUAAGAGGCCAUCUCCUGAUUACGAGGAUGGAGAUUUUGAUAAUGAUCCUUUGGGAAAGAAGUCGAAAUCAAAAGCCGAAGAAGAAGCUGCUUCUGGAGUCACAACUGGAAUGAUUUUGUCGCUUCGCGAGAGUCUUCAGAAUUGUAAAGACACACUUGACUCGUGCAUGAGUGAACUCGAGGCUGCACAAUCCGAGAUUCAAAAAUGGCGCUCUUCAUUUCAAAAUGAACUAUUCAUACCUGCUGGGACCACACCGGUACCCAAAUUGGUGAUUAAUUAUCUCCAAGCACUGAAAGCAUCGGAAGAGUCCUUAGGCGAUCAGCUUGAAAAGGCAAAGAAAAAGGAGGCCGCAUUCAUUGUGACAUAUGCUAAACGUGAGCAAGAGAUAGCAGAGCUUAAGUCUGCUGUACGGGACCUCAAAGCUCAACUCAAACCAGCAUCAAUGCAGGCAAGGAGGUUCUUACUAGAUCCAGCAGUUCAUGAAGAGUUCAUGCGGUUAAAGAAUUUAGUUGCGGAAAAGGACAAAAGAGUAAAAGAGUUGCAAGAUAACAUUGCUGCUGUAAACUUUACUUCCCAAAGCAAGAUGGGGAGGUUGCUAAUGGCUAAAUGUAGAACUCUGCAGGAGGAAAAUGAAGAGAUUGGGCAUCAAGCUUCUGAGGGCAAGAUGCAUGAAUUAGCAAUGAAACUUUCAUUGCAGAAAGAUCAGAAUUCCGAGCUCAGAAAUCAAUUUGAAGGGUUGCAGAAGCAUAUGGAUGGAUUGACCAAUGACGUGGAAAGAUCCAAUGAAAUGGUUUUCAUGUUGAAAAAUAAAUUAGAUGAGAAGGAUCAGGAGAUCCAAAGACUGAAAGAUGAGUUGCAACAAAAAAGCUCUGCAAAGAAUGAGAGAACAGAUGAUGUAUCUAAUGCCAGAGAUUGA